ACCUUUAUCGUGUAUAUGUGCCCUACUGAAAGUGUGUUGGAGCAUCGUUCGGUAUAAUACACAUGUUUCUGCCGCGUAUAUCCUCUUUGCUCUUCGACUGAGCGUGCGUAAGUUUGUACAUUGCUGCCCGGUUUCCUUUGAAACGUACAAAGUGCAUUGUUGUCUCUCACCUAAAACUAACAUCUAAAAAUGCCGGCCAAAAAAUUAGCUCUCCUGAGUGUGUCUGACAAGACCAAUCUGUUGCCACUGGCUACAAAGCUACAUGAAUUUGGAUUAACACUAAUUGCCUCUGGAGGCACUGCACAGGCAUUGAGAAAUGCUAAUCUACCUGUGCGAGAUGUUUCUGAAGUUACGGGAGCACCUGAGAUGCUUGGUGGACGUGUGAAGACCUUGCAUCCUGCUGUUCACGCUGGUAUACUUGCCAGAUCGAUUGUAUCAGACAUGAAAGAUCUUCAAAGUCAGAAUUACGAUCUUAUUCAAGUGGUAGUUUGCAACCUGUAUCCCUUUGUACGUACCGUCUCGAAACCCGAUGUGAUAGUUGAAGAUGCGAUAGAAAACAUCGAUAUCGGCGGUGUAACUUUACUACGUGCUGCCGCCAAAAAUCAUGCCAGAGUUACGGUUAUCUGCGAUCCUAAUGAUUACGACAAAGUCAUCAAUGAGAUGGACACUACCGAGGACAGAAACACCUCCUUGGAGACUAGACAAACUUUAGCCUUGAAAGCAUUCACUCAUACCGCUGAGUACGACGACGCUAUCUCAGAUUACUUCCGCAAGCAAUACAGCACUGGGGUUUCUCAACUCACUCUUCGUUACGGCAUGAAUCCGCACCAAAAGCCCGCGCAGAUAUUCACGACUCUAGAGAAGCUGCCGAUGAUCGUGCUAAACGGAUCGCCAGGUUUCAUCAACCUGUGCGACGCAUUAAAUGGGUACCAACUCGUGAAGGAAUUGAAGUCCGCGUUAAAUAUGCCAGCGGCGACAUCCUUUAAGCAUGUUAGCCCGGCUGGAGCUGCCGUCGGUAUUCCCUUGGACCGUACACAAGCAAAAUUGUGUCAAGUAGAUGAUAUCUUUGAGCAACUUACGCCAUUGGCGACUGCUUACGCACGUGCACGCGGCGCCGACCGAAUGUCCAGUUUCGGCGACUUCAUCGCCUUAUCCGAGCCAUGCGACGUUAUAACAGCCAAGAUUAUAUCGCGGGAAGUCUCAGAUGGUAUCAUUGCACCUGACUACUCGAAAGAAGCCCUUGAGAUAUUGAAGAAGAAGAAAAACGGCUCGUACUGCGUGCUUCAAAUUGAUCCUGCUUAUGUACCGUCUCCGAUUGAGCGUAAAAUUUUAUACGGCUUGGUUAUGGAGCAGAAGCGUAACGAUGCGCUCAUCGAUAAACACACAUUCGACAACGUCGUAACGAAGAAGGCGAAGACUCUGUCGGAGGAAGCCAUCCGUGAUCUGAUUGUGGCUACUAUCACAGUGAAGUAUACGCAGAGCAAUUCUGUCUGUUAUGCGAAGGAUGGACAGGUGAUCGGGACUGGUGCCGGGCAGCAAUCUAGAAUUCAUUGUACAAGACUUGCUGGAGAUAAAGCUGAUAACUGGUGGCUUCGCCAACAUCCAAAGGUAACGGGAAUGAAAUUCAAGAAAGGUAUAAAGAGAGCGGAAAUCUCCAACGCUAUCGACAAUUACGUGAACGGGUCUGUAGGAAAGGAUAUGGACGAGUCCAUGUGGGCCGCCAUGUAUGAGGAAGUUCCUGCAGAACUAUCGGAAAGUGAGAGACUCGAAUGGCUGAAGAAGUUGGAUAACGUUGCUUUGAGUAGCGAUGCCUUCUUUCCAUUUAGAGAUAACGUCGAUCGAGCUAGACUGAGUGGUGUUAAGUAUAUCGCAAGUCCUGCCGGCUCUACGAAUGAUGACGCAGUAAUUGAAGCUUGUAAUGAACACGAGAUUGCACUGGCUCAUACCGGUUUCCGAUUAUUUCAUCAUUAGAUGUGAAACAUAAUCUGAAGAUAUAUUUGAUCACUAUUUUUCUACAAAUACAAACGUAUAUCUCAUGAUAA